GCACACGUUCUCCGGUUCCCAUGGCAGCACACGUGUUCCCGAUGUGUGAGCGCAGCAGGAAGCCAGUGCAUUUCAGCGAGACCGUCAUGGAGAUUUUACUGCGCGAGGCUCGGAACGGGACGGACCCGCGGUACGAGAACCCGCGUGGGAUUACGCUGCUACUGCUGCUGUGUCUGGUUCUGCUGCUCACUGUGUGGAACCGCCACGAGAAGAAGUGCUCCAUCCCAGGUCCCUCGUUUUGUCUGGGGUUGGGUCCCCUGAUGUCCUACUGCAGGUUUAUUUGGAUGGGAAUCGGGACAGCGAGUAAUUACUAUAAUGAGAAGUACGGAGACAUGGUGCGAGUGUGGAUCAGCGGAGAGGAGACACUCGUCCUCAGCAGGCCGUCGGCGGUGUAUCACGUGUUGAAGCACUCGCAGUACACGUCGAGGUUUGGGAGUAAACUGGGGCUGCAGUGUAUCGGCAUGCACGAGCAGGGAAUCAUCUUCAACUCCAACGUCACGCUGUGGAGGAAAGUGCGUACGUACUUCGCUAAAGCUCUAACCGGUCCAGGGCUGCAGAGGACGUUGGAAAUCUGCACCAUGUCCACAAACACACACCUGGACGGUCUGUCUCGGCUGACGGACGCUCAGGGACACGUGGACGUCCUGAACCUGCUGCGCUGCAUCGUGGUGGACAUUUCCAACCGCCUGUUCCUGGACGUGCCUCUGAAUGAACAGAACCUGCUUUUCAAAAUCCACAGGUACUUUGAAACGUGGCAGACGGUAUUAAUCAAACCAGACUUCUACUUCAGACUGAAGUGGCUGCACGACAAACACAGAAACGCAGCUCAGGAGCUUCAUGACGCCAUUGAAGAUCUGAUAGAACAGAAACGAACUGAACUGCAGCAGGCUGAAAAACUUGACAACCUGAACUUCACUGAGGAACUGAUAUUCGCCCAGAGUCACGGUGAGCUGACAGCAGAGAACGUGAGGCAGUGUGUGUUGGAGAUGGUGAUCGCGGCUCCGGACACUUUGUCCAUCAGUGUGUUCUUCAUGCUGCUGCUGCUGAAACAGAACGCUGAGGUGGAGCGACGCAUCCUCACUGAGAUACACACUGUACUGGGUGACACAGAGCUGCAGCACUCUCACCUCUCUCAGCUUCAUGUUCUGGAGUGUUUCAUUAACGAGGCUCUGCGCUUUCACCCCGUGGUGGACUUCAGCAUGCGCCGGGCGCUGGAUGAUGAUGUCAUCGAGGGCUUCAGGGUGCCAAGAGGGACCAACAUCAUCCUAAACGUGGGGCGAAUGCACAGGUCUGAGUUUUACCCCAAACCUGCGGAUUUCAGCCUCGACAACUUCAACAAACCUGUGCCCAGUCGUUUCUUCCAGCCGUUCGGUUCCGGUCCUCGUUCCUGUGUUGGUAAGCACAUCGCCAUGGUGAUGAUGAAGGCCGUGUUGGUGAUGGUGUUGUCUCGUUUCUCCGUGUGUCCUGAGGAAAGCUGCACUGUGGAGAACAUCGCACACACCAACGACCUCUCACAGCAACCUGUGGAGGACAAACACACCCUGAGCGUACGCUUCAUCCCCCGGAACACACACACGAGGAACCGCAAAGCGUAGCCUCUCCCUCGUCCUGAAGACGUCGCGGAACUUACUGGAAAAGUUACAGCUUUACCUCUGACUGUUACAGAGUGCUGACACUGGAGACUCCUUCCAUCGGCGUUACACUAACAUCCCCUUACCGAGGUCAGAGACGAGUCUUGUGAGAAAGUGAAGAAGAUGGCGAAUGGAAGGGUUCUGUAUUUUUUAUAAUACUACUUUAUUUACUUUAAUUAUUUAUCUGACAUUAUAUUCAUAAGAUUUGUUAAUAAUAUUAACAAACUAUGUAUUUAUCUGUAUAUUCACUGCCUCCGUAUAAGAAUACAUUUAUCAGCUGUCCUUCCACUCUCCGUGUUUCUCCAUGAACGUUAAGACAUUCGUUAUUUUUUACAUCUAUUUUAUGUAAGUUCACGGAGAACUCUGGCCCGCACUGUGAUUAUAUCAGAAGCUGUUUUCAGACACGACUGUGAAAUGAUUCAGUAUUUAAUUUUAUUUAGCUGAAUGAUUGAAAUAAAAGUUCUGCUCAGU